CGAACGCGAAUUCGCUGCACUGCGAGUCCCUCAAUAAAUUCACUCAACUGCGGACACGCGACUAUCCUUCCAAUUCCUCCGUUAGCUUCUACCAUUCCCAACCUUCACGACCCCAGAUUUACCUCUAAUCACCAGCUCUUGCUCCAGAUUCUGGUCUCGUCCACCUCUUCCUCCUCCAUCCAUAGCUUCUCACCGCAUCUACACAUCACAUCAAAAUGUUGGAAGCUCGCCUAGAACAAGCCAGCCUUCUCAAGCGCGUCGUCGACGCCAUCAAAGACCUGGUCCAGGAUUGCAACUUCGACUGCAAUGACUCUGGUAUCUCACUUCAGGCCAUGGACAACUCCCAUGUUGCCCUCGUGUCCAUGAUGCUCAAGGCUGAGGGAUUCUCCCCUUACCGUUGCGACCGUAACAUUGCCCUCGGUAUCAACCUGGUCUCCCUGACCAAGGUCCUGCGUGCUGCUCAGAACGAAGACAUCCUCACUCUCAAGGCGGAGGACUCCCCCGAUGCCGUCAACUUGAUGUUCGAGAGUGCCGAGACAGACAGACUCAGUGAAUACGAUAUCAAAUUGAUGGAUAUUGACCAGGAGCACUUGGCCAUCCCAGAGACAGAGUACGCUGCUACGGUAGAGAUGCCGUCGGCAGAGUUCCAGCGCAUUUGCAGAGAUCUGAACGCUCUCUCCGAGUCGGUUGUGAUCGAGGCCACAAAGGAGGGCGUCAAGUUCUCCUGCCAGGGUGACAUUGGCAGUGGCUCCGUCACUGUCCGUCAACACACCAACGUCGAUAAGCCCGAACAGAACGUCUCCAUUGCCCUCAGCGAACCCGUCGCCCUCACCUUCUCCCUGAAAUACCUCGUCAAUUUCUGCAAGGCCACCAACCUGUCGAGCAAGGUCACUCUCUGCUUGUCGCAGGAGGUGCCCCUGCUCGUUGAGUAUGGCCUUGGUAGCGGUCAUCUGAGAUUCUACCUGGCCCCCAAGAUCGGCGAUGAGGAGUAAACGAACAUAAGAGCAAGAUCAUAAUGACGGGUGGAGCAACACGGAGGCAACGAUUUCUUUUUCUUUUCAUUUCAAAUCUUCUGAAAAUAUCCGAAUGUUCUCGGGCAGUGUUCAGUGUUCUUCUAUAAUAUCCAGCUAGAUGCUAAGCGACCAACGUGUUCAAAUUCCUUUGGUUACAAUAGAUCUACAUGACGUAUGAAGCAGAAGAUAUUGGGGAUGGAGCUGCAAUU